GCGCAGUACGAGGCCGGCGCCGGGGGCCGGAGCUGGAUCUUUGGUCGCUGCCGGCAUGUCGGGGGAGAGGGGCCGAGCUCGGAGCUCCACGCUGGGGCUCGCACUCUGCGCGCUGCUCUCGGCCCUCGCCGCCGCCGCCGCCGCCACGGAGCAGGAGUCGGUCACCUGCGGCUCCGUGCUCAAGCUGCUCAACAACCGGCACAAUGUCCGCCUGCACUCGCACGACGUCAAGUACGGCUCCGGAAGCGGGCAGCAGUCUGUGACUGGCGUGAGCGUUUCGGAUGACAGUAACAGCUACUGGACGGUGAGAGGAAAACCGGGCCUGGUUUGUCAGCGCGGAAUACCGAUCAAAUGCGGACAACCUAUACGACUAACACACGUCAACACUGGAAGAAACCUGCACAGUCACCACUUUGUGUCACCACUCUCUGGAAACCAGGAAGUGAGCGCGUUCGGUGAGAAUGGAGACGGGGACGACCUGGACGUGUGGACCGUGCAGUGCGGCGGCACGAGCUGGGAGCGGGACGAAGACGUUCGCUUAAAGCACGUGGGGACCCAGGCCUUCCUCACCAUAACAGGCGAGCAGUACGGCCACCCCAUCAGGGGUCAGCUGGAGGUCCACGGCACCUUCAGCCCCGAUGCCAACAAUUACUGGACGGUCAUGGAAGGUGUCUUCAUCAAGCCCAGCGCCGAGCCACUCAAGCACGACGAGCUGUAGGUUUAUUUAAACAAGACCAUUUGGGGAAGUGAGACCAAUGAGAAAUCGUUGCAUUCUUUGCAACCGACAAUUUACUUUUUACCCUUUCUUGACUCCUAGUCUGUACAGUGAAAAUCAAUUGUACCGAUCUUUUCUACAUGUUACAUUUCUAGCAAAAUGGAAGUAUAUUUAAAAGUUUUAUGUAAGCUGGAGUGCACGUGUUCAACUUAAUUAUCUUGCUCUACUUUUCAGUAACAAGUUACGGACUUGCAAUGAAGUACUGGUGGUGCAUUUUUAUAGUCGUCUGCAUGUGAAUGUUUCAAUCCCCAUUUGUUUUUUUUGGUCUUUGUUCUUCAAAUUUUUUUUCUCAAGAAACUAGAAUCAUUCUGCAGAAUAAUUACUUGAAGAGUUGAAUUCACCUCCAGCGAGAAUAAAAAAACUGGCCUUAAAAAGUGCCUCACAUUCCAGCUACUGUUGUCUAUAUAUCCCAUCGUGUGGUGCGUUAAGUUCUCGGUGUUUAGCCGCACAGGCUGGGUGCACCCACGUGUAAAUGCAGCAGGAAUAAAGGGAAGAGCUGGGCAGUUCAGCAUUGAGUCCAUGGUAGAGAACUCCAGGCUAAACCCAUUCCCUUUCCAGCUUUGGUCUGGCAUUUCGAAAUCCACUUUUGUAAACUCCCAACUUCAGUUCACCUGCUUCUAACAAGUGGAAAAUAAUUGUCUAUUGGCCCAAUUGCUUGAUGUUCCACCCAUUACAAUUAAAACACAAAGUACUUGCGCUAUAACACCAGGAUAUGCACUCGACCAAGUCUAAACUGCAUACACCAACUUAUGCUAACUGAAUAUGCCAACUCCAUAUGCAAUAAACAUCUACCCACAUGUUUAGGAAGGAACUGCAGAUGUUGGUUUAAACCGAAGAUCGACACAAAAGGCUGGAGUUACUCAGCGGGACAGGCAGCAUCUCUGGAGAGAAGAAAUGGGCGACAUUUAGGUUCUCAGACCCUUCUUCAGACUGAAGUCUGACAGUCUAAAGGAGGGUCUCGACCCGAAACGUCACCCAUUCCGUCGCUCCAGAGAUGCUGCCCGUCCCGCUGAGUUACUCCAGCGUUUUGUGUCCGUCAACCGACAUGUUAACAAGCUCAUUAAAAAGAAAAACUGAUUGCGUAGAUGUAAGUAUCUCAUUGGGGUUAGCAAGAUCUCCUUGAACCUGAUCUGUAACCCAAGUGGUGUGCUCUUUGCCUUCUUGUUUGUCUAUAGGCUCCCCAUCACUUUAAUGCUACCUGCCUUAACCUCUGAACGAGGAAGCUUCUCCUGAAUUCCUUUUUACCUUUUAUGGGGUGUCUGUGGUAUUAAUGGUUGCAGUUUGGAAUUUAUCCAUUUUAUGCAAACACACUGGUGGACGAUAGGCUGGAUUAUUCUAGCCUUUGAGUUGCAGGAUCGAUGGUAUUUGAGUUGUCUUGUAAGUCCACGAUGAAUUAAUCGAUAUUUUGUUCAGAGUUGCAAACAUGUUUUAAAAGAAAAUAAACUUUUAUUUGCCUA